AUGUACAUCAAUUAAUCAAAUCCUAUUUACUUCUUUGUUCCUUAUUAUAUCCCAUUCUAAUACAAUUCUGGACAUCCUUAGGGAAAUGGCAAUACUGAAUACAAUACUAAUAGUGUAUUAGACUAAGUUAAACCCUUAAAUGAAGAAAUUCAUACUAACGCUAGUGGAAUUAUAAGAGGAAAAGGAUAAUUAUGGACUUAAAAGGAAAUAAAUAAUCUAAUUUCUUAUUAUAAAAAGUACAAGGGCAAUUGGAAAUAAAUAAUCAAGCAUCUCAAAGGUAGAAAUAUAUCAUAAUGUUCUCAAAAAUACAGAAAGCUAUAAGAUCAAGAAAAAAGAACAAAAAAGAAAUGGUCGAUUGCUGAAGAUCAAAUUUUAAUAGAUGCAUUUAAAGAAUUUGGAAGACAAUGGAUCAAAAUAAGUUAAAGUACAAGUUAUUAUUAGUAUUUAGGAUUACCAGGUAGGACUUCAAAAUAAGUUAGAGAUAGAUAUGUGAAUUAAAUAGAUCCAUCUAUAACACAUAAUGAAUGGUCAACAGAAGAGGAUAAAAUCAUUUUGGAAGAAUACAAUAAAGGAGGAGCUAAAUGGGCUAUUAUUGCCAAAAUACUUAAAAACAGAUCGGUAAUAUAGUCAUUCUAUUUUAAGGAAAAUUAAGUUAAGAAUCGUUUUUAUUACACAAUUCUAAAGAAAUAUUAAGGUAAACAACAUCCAUACUUAAAAGUAUAAGAAUGA